AUGUCACAAACGAAGACUCCUGAAAAGAAGAAACGUAGAAGCCUCUCUUUGUCUAAAAAUCGAAACAAUUCAACACCAGUUAUUGGAUCUUCAAACCAGCCUACAGCAUCUCCAUCCAUACUUACUCUCUUUAAAAAUGCUCCACCUGCCAAACUUUCUUGUCCUCUUUGUGGGGAAAUGGUUCCUCGCUUUAGUCUGAACAAACACAUUGAUGAAGAAUGCUCUAAAGCAAAGUCAGAGGAUGAUGAUAUCAUUUUAGUAGAAGAUGAAAAACCUGUGCAGCUUUCUUCUACCACAGCUUCCCCACUGCCUCAAGAAUUUGAAACUGAAGCUACUAAAACUGUCAGGAGAAUAGAUCAAUGUAAAAAGACAACAAAUACGAAACAAGACAGCCCAUAUUUUAGGGAUGUUUCUUCUGUGACAGAUAUUCCAAAAGAUGUCAAGGUGGUAAAAACGGUUUCUCUGGGUAGCCUUUCCUCUAAAUUAUCCCAGAGAUACCAAACUCUCAGGGCUGAAAGUAAGGAAGGUGCUGACUGCCUUGAUGAUCUGUCAGAAGAUUCCGUUAACAAAAAUAUUUUCCAUAAAGAGUUUCCACCUAGUAAAAGUAAUGGCAAUUCCAAUAAUCUUCAUAGUGAUGACAGUACAUAUUGCACUGACAAAGUAACUUUGCCCUUAAGUUUGGAUACUGUAAGUGAUACCUCUGAGGUUUAUAGUGAUCGUAAACACGAUCCAGUUGUUCAUGAUGAUGGACCGAAAAUACUACCUUUUAAUUCUGAAGAUCUAUUUUAUAAACCAGACAGUAUCAGUGAAUCUUUAAAACGUAAGUUGGUUAGUCACCCUUCAAGUAAAACCAACAAUGGUAAAAAGGCAAAAUUUAGAGAUCCUCAGGAGGCCUCUUCUGAUCAAUGUGCUUCCACCAAGAACUUUGCUGAGCCCUUGGACGUGUCUUCUAGUGAAGAUGAAAUUAGUCUUCUUCCCAUGGAAGAUUCCAAUGUAUUUGAAUUUCUGAAGCCAAGAGACACAGAUGGCCAAGAUGAAGCAGACAAAGGCAGCAUUAAAGAGAAUGCUUCAGAGUUUGAUAGACAGCCAUAUUAUUUACGAAAUUUUUUAAUGGUGCUGCAAACUGUGAUGGAGAAUGAGGAAGACAUGAGUCUUUUUAACGAAGAAGAUACGAGCACUUUAACAGCAUUUAAUCAGAUGUCAGCUGGUGGACAGAAGCUAUAUGUUCGACUAUUCCAGCGCAAGUUAAACUGGAUAAAAAUGAACAAGAUUGAGUAUUCUGAGAUUGGUUCUGACUUGACUCCUUAUAUUGAAGAACUAAUUAGAAAUGGCUUCCUGCAGUCGGACCGUGAGUUGGAGGACCUUACCGAAGCCUUGGAUCUUCUAUCUGCCCCAGAACUAAAAAAUCUAGCAAAAUCAUUUCACUUGAAAAACCCCAAUGCUCAAAAGCAACAGCUGGUGGAGGAGUUUAUGAAACUUUCCAAACAACGUUCCAUAUUCAGCAUGGCUAAAAACCAAUCUGGCAUUGCUUCAGCUAUCCUUAAAAAAGCCAAAGACAGUGCUGGUCGAGCAGUACGGGUUUGCAGAGCCCCCAGGGCUGUAUUUUGCCGAGUCCUUCUCUUGUUUUCAUUGACACAAUCUAUGGAAGUAGAAGAAGCUGCUAGUGGGGGGCAGAGUCUGCUUUCCAUAGUCUUAAUGGUAAACAUGGGCCGCAUGACAUUCCCAAAGUACACUGUGCAGAGGAGUAUGAAGAUAUUCCAGGACCGAGAAGAUCUCAUCAGGUAUGAAUCUGCAAUGCACAAGUUGGUGGACAUUGUAGUUACAAUGACUAAUGGUAACUGGAAAGAAGCACAUGUGUUAUAUCUGAAUGCCAAGGAGAUCUGGGAUCAAUUAAAGAAUGAGCCCACAUUAAGGUACCAUGCAGAGCUGCCAUUAUACCUGCGUUGUUUUACUGUUGGCUGGGUAUACACAAGGAUCCUAUGUCGAGGUGUAGAAAUCUUCCAGAGAUUGCAUCUCUAUGAGGUAUGGUACUUCUGGCCUUUAUCGCUUAUAUUUCCUUUUAGUUUUUUCUGCAUUACUGCAUAUGAAGAUAUUAGAUGUGUGUUGUAUAUGUAAAAAAAAACUAUUCAAAGCAUCAUCAUCAUGCAGUUACCUUUAUCAUGGAGGGCUUGUCAGAUCCAUACGUACGUACCGGUCAUCAGCUCUCUCUGUACCAACGAGCUGUAAGAAUGAGAGAAUCUCCAAGCUGCAAGAAGUUCCACAAGAUGCUCAAAAACAUACCACAGAUCAUUGUAGAGGAUGUCCCUCAUGUUACCAUUAAAGGCAAGAUGUACCCACAGACAGGCAUGGGAAAAUCGGUCUUUCUAAUGGAGAACAUGGCAGAGGAGGUGGGUGAGGAUAUUACACUCUCUACAGUCAUGUGUUCCGUAGAAGAACUAGCAUUGGCCCAUUAUCGAGAACUUGGUUAUGAUCAAGGAAUUCAUGGAGAAGGUUCCACAUUCAGUACCCUGUAUGGCUUGUUCAUGUGGGAUAUAAUUUUUAUGGAGGGGAUUCCUGAUGUCUUUAGGAAUACCUACCAGGCAUUCCCCCUGGACCUAUAUACAGACAGUUUUUACGAGAACAGAAAAGAAGCCAUUGAAUGUCGGCUCCAGCUGCUCCAGGAGUCUGCCACAGAGACUCUGCACAGCUUGAUGGCUGAUGUGUGGAAUGAACACCUAAGUGAGGCUGCUGCACUAGUCGGCUGGGAACGGUUCUCCUCUUUGCAGCAGGCUCAGAGUCUGGUGUCCUGCCUUGGAGGAUCAUUGCUAAGUGGGCUAUGUAGGAAAAUGUCCAAAGACAUUCGGCACUGUAGAGGAGGCCUCCCCGAUCUGGUGGUGUGGAAUGUGCAAAAGAAAAUCUAUAAGGUGGUAGAGGUGAAGGGGCCAAACGAUCGUCUGUCGCACAAGCAGAUGGUUUGGUUGCACGAACUGAAGAAAAUGGGGGCAGAUGCAGAAGUGUGUCAUGUUGUUGCCAUUGGAGCAAAGAGUAACAGAUUUAACUAA